UCUAAACUUGCUGCUCCAUCUCGUUAUUGUUUCCUGUCCAUCCAAUCCAUACCAUCCACACCAUGGCUACCGGAACCAACGCUUUCGGUGCGAAGAGCGGCGACUGCUGCUCGGGCUGCACUGACCACGCAGACAUCCCCGCCGAGCUCGCCCUCGAGCUGCACAACGCGGCCAAGGACAAGGGCAUCCGCGUCGACCGCUUCGAGACGGCCGAGAACCUCAAGCACCUCAACUUUGUCCGCGAGAAGGUCAAGGGUAUCAAGAACUUUUGGCAGAUUGUGCUUCUCUCCCACCCCGUCAUCGCUGCCGUCUCCGCGUCGGACCGCGAGGCGCUCUCGUACAUCACCGACAUUGAGCUCAAGCAGGAUGCCAACGACCCGCGUCCUUUCGAGCUGGUUUUCGUGGGUUAUCAUGCUUGGAACGUUCCUAACCCACUCCUCCAGACCUUUGCCAAGAACCCCUACUUCACCAACGAGACGCUGAGCAAGAAGUACACGCUCCGCGAGGGCCUUUCCGCUGCGCCCGCCGACGGCUCCAUCACGGACGAGCUGCGCGAGUUUGACGCCGACGAGGACCUGGUCGUUAGCGCCGACAAGAUCGAGUGGAAGGAGGGCAAGGACCUCGUGGCCAAGCAGCCGCGCAAGAUUGGCAACGUCGACGAGCUCGCCGACGACGAGGACGCCGAGAUUGAGGGCGACGUCGGGUCCUUCUUCCACUUCUUCACCGAGGCCAACGACCCGUUCGCGAUCGGCUUCCAGAUUGUCGAGGAGCUGCUCCCCAACGCCGUGCCCAUCUUCCUUGGUGACGACCAGGACGCCGACGAGCUCGACGACGAGGACGACGAGGAGGACGACGACGACGAGGGAUCCAUCGACCUCGAGGACGACGAGGACGAGAAGCCCCCCAAGAAGAAGCAGCGCAACUAGGCAGGCCGCAGCCGAAAGGCAGUGAUGGUAGUGACUAUAGAAAAAAUGUGUGCCUGCAGUGCGCGUGCCGUGUGCAAAAUGUCCAUGUAUCGUGAUUGUGGAGAGAAGUAGAGCUGAUAGUGACCGGGUUCGAUGCACCAGUUGGCG